CAAAGUAAUUGUCAUUCGCGGAUUCAUCACUUUAGCGAGCAAAUCGCGAUUUCCUGAUGCGCUUACGACAUGCGUGUAUCAAUUCAAUUAAAAUAAAUCACACUGAUAAACGGUUGACUUAUCAGCGCCAGUGAUCGCGUACGUUAUAUAUAAAAUGUCUUCUUUCGUGAAUCACCGCGAGGAUAGCACUGUGACCGUGGAAGAAGCUUCGACAAAAGACAAUGUUACAUAUUACAAAAUAACUGUUAAAGUGGGGCUAGUGCAUUGGAACGUGUUGCAUCGCUACAGUGACUUUGUGGAGCUACACGAGAAGUUGGUCGCAGACCAUGGAGUCGCGAAAGAGUUGCUCCCGCCGAAGAAAGUUAUUCGGAAUAAAACACCCAAGUUUGUGGAGCAAAGACGAGAGGCCUUGGGGGAAUAUUUGAAAAACGUGUUUAAAUAUUUAAAACUCACGAUGCCGUCCGAGUUCGCUCACUUCUUAGACUUCCAUUUGUAUGAUAUAUUCUUUUUGCUACAAGAUUUAGCGAAGACACUGUUCUUAGAGGGGGAUAAACUAUUGGAGGAUGAGAGGUCACAUAAUUUCACACCCUUGGAGCUGCACGCCAUAAGUGAGCGUCUAAAAAUGGCAUGUCCACCGACUGAGAAGCAAGAUCAGAUGUAUGAUUUCAGUCAUAUCCUGGACUUCUGCUCACAGCUACGUUCACUCAACAUUGAGGGGAGUUACGAGAAGCUCGGUACGAGUAACAUAGUGCCUAAUGAUUUACACUUUGAUCUGAUACCAUUUAAAUCACUGAUGGAUUUAAAGAUUCUCGGUGUACCGAUGGGAUGCAUACAGAGUGUUGGUGGGCUUCGCGACACUCUAGUGAGUUUAUCAGUGUCAACAGCGAGCGUCGUGUCGCUCAAUGAGUUCCUGCUUGUCGAUAUCCUGCACAAGGACCCCUCCAGCAUUGCCGACACUGUUAAAUGGAAGAAGCUAUCCGUCAUAAACUUUGGCAGCAACAACAUCCAAAACGUCGACUGGGCCAUAAGAUUAGUGCCCAAACUUCAACACUUGAGCCUUUCAUCCAACAAGUUAAAGGAACUCUGCGACAUAUCCUGUCUCCACGAAUUGAGGGUCCUAAACCUAUCUAUGAACAGUUUCUCCCUAUGUGAGAACUGGCACGCUAAGAUAGGCAACAUAGUUCGAAUAGAUUUGUCCCAAAAUCGAGUGGAAAGUCUCCAAGGAUUUUCGCGUUUAUACUCCUUGGAAAGCCUCGAUUUGAGCUGCAAUGUGAUAACAGACGUUGAAGAAGUUCAGCAUAUAUGUAAAUUGCCUUGUUUGGAGUAUCUGUGGUUAACGGCUAAUCCUGUGGCUUCAUCAAUAGACUAUAGGGUCAAAGUUUUAGAACAGUUCAAUGCUAGAAUGACGGAAAUCUGCUUGGACAAUGAAAAGGCCUCGGAAAAGGAGUUGGAUACAGCAAGAGUGUUACAAGCUUUGAGAACAGUGAAAGAAGGUAAGACGCCCAGUUUUCUACAGAAUAAUAACACGAGUCACAGUUUUAAUAAAAGUUGACAGUAAUUUGGAAUGUAGAAUUUAUUUGAAUUUAGAUCUUUAACUUUUUUAUGAAUUGGCGGCAACAUUUUUCGCUGGUGAAAUCUAUUUGGAACUAAAUUUAAUAUUCAAAAUUAAAUGUAAAGAAAGAUCUUUAUUUUAUAAAUGUGAUGAUGUAGUUAUUUUGUUAUUUAUAGUGUUUUAUUUUAGAUUUAGAAUCGCACUGCUCAGUUGAACUGUCUUUGUAAAUUAAAAAUAAAUUAUAUGCUUAUUUGUCUUUUUUUCUAAAUUCUAUGUUCUUUGACUAAAUUCGUGAUAAUGUAGUUUGUAUGCUUUCUGGCUGUCUUAAAAUGAUUUGUAACUGUAAAUACUGCCCAAAAAUAUGAAAUAAAUAAGAUGGCCUUAGAUGUCUAUAAAAGUCUGUCUGUAAAUUCACAAGUGCUAUUUUAUAUUAUGUUUAUAAAGUCUACGACAGAAAUAUGUGCAAAGAAAAAGGUAAACAAAUUUACAGUUUGUCAUCUAUUUAAAGAUUUUGUGCUGCGAUGCGACCUUUUUGCUCACAUUUCUGGCGCCGACCAUAAAGUUAUUAUCUCGUUUACAAAUGUGAUAUUUGAUAAUCAUAUAGCUUUAUAUGUAAUAUAAUUACUGUUAUGGAAAUGACCAAUACUAAUUAAGCGUAGAUUAUGAAAUAUUAAAAUUAAAGAUUUAUUAUUGAAUGAGAUUUAAAUCUUUAAUUUUAAUAUUCUUGUGUAUAUUUGUUGUAUAAUAUUUGUUUUUCUUUGUUAUAAUACGAAGUAGAUUAUAUGCAUUCCUAAAUGCAUUUCGAAAAUAAAUUUUUGCACUGUUAAAAGAAGUGUCCUUUUAAAAGUAUGAAUUGUAAAAUUUAUAAAAUGUCUGUAAUAUAAAUAAAUAACUCUUUUACAAGAGAGAUAAAGGACAAUAAUUAAAAGAAAACCUCAAAUUGUAACCUAAUAUUUAGUAAUAGGUAUUCUUGCCUCUGUAAUUAAUAGGAAUGUCAUAUUAUUUCAAAUCAUGUUUAACAAUUACAUCAAUAGAUUACUGUGCAAUCAGAAAUGAAGAAAACACUCUUAACCCUUUGAUUUUCGGAGCGCUGAUAUACGCGAGACACAAUUGAUUUUCCAUAAUUAGCAACAUAAAAGCGAGUAGGUAUAGUCAUUUAGUGAGUAUUUGCGCGCUUGAGUGCUUUAAGACUUAUGUAAAGCAUAAAAUGAAUCGUUUUUGAGUAAAUCCUAUAUUAGUUUCUCCGCUCCCUAUAUAUGGCGCUGUCUGUUAAUAAGUGUGAUAAAAGUUGACACUAAUAGAUACUAUUCUGAUCAUAAAUAUGGUUUAAUGAGAUCAACGGUGUCAAAGUUCUAAUCACUGUUUACAUGCUUUACAUAAUGUAAUAUAACCACGAUGUAUAAUGUAAUUUAAACACGAGUUUGUUCGGGAAUUACUUGAUAAAAAAAACUCGAUCAAGGUCCUAACAUAAUAAUUGCAUUAUUUAACCGAGUGCGUGUAAUUUAACUGCUUGAUGGAGAACUGCCGCUAAUUGGAGAACAGUAGGAAAUCAUUUGUCUCGCGUGGAUCCGCGCAUACAAGGGGUUUGCUUUUCGCCGUUAAAAUCACUUAUGGCUGAUUUUGUAGCACCCUUAUCGACAGUGCAUAUUAUUACUAUCCUUAUAGUUUUGUUCAAAAUGAUUAGAUAAACUACAAUAGGUGUAUACUUUGUUUCAAUUGAUAAUCUUUGAUGUAAAACUCUCUUAUUAAUGAAGUCGGAUUUGAAAACUACUUUUCUCCGUGUAAUUUUAAGCAAAGCUAUACCUCCCCACUCAGAGACAUUUAAUGGUUACUUAAGCCAUUCCUUAGUGAAGGAUUUGUAUGACAUUCCGUCACUAAGGAGUGACUUAAGUAAUCAUUAAAUGCCUCUGAGUGGGGAGGCUAAUAUCUUAAUCCCAUUGUAAACACAAUAAAGAUCUGAAUUUGUAAACAUGGGUCCACUUUUUAUAAUUCAUACUAUCCAGUGAAAACUUGUAAAUAGUAAAUGUAUUUUGAAUCAAAAUGGCGCUUCUAUUGUCGUAUGUGUUUUUUCGCCUAUCAUUAUUAUUUUUGUUUGAAAAUGUUUAUUGCUAAAAGCACAUUUUGUUUAUUAAUAGUAUUAACUGAAGUAUUAUGUAUGUGAUGUAAUAAAUGUAUAGAAAUGUUUUAUUUUUAUUGGUGACUAUUAAUUUAUCAAUAUAAGUUAUGGUUUAACCUA